AUGACUGCACAAAUCAUCGCCGAACAAGGUCCCGAGGUGAAGGACGCCACAGCUCCGUAUCCAUUUCUUUACACAUGGUCCACUUCGAACGGCGCCAGACCUAUGAUAUUGGCGGAAUUGCUUGAAAUUAAUUAUUAUUUGCACCCAGUCGAUUUGGCUGCAAAGGAACAGAAAAAGCCCUGGUAUUUAGAACACAAUGCCAACGGUAAAAUCCCAACCUUGGCCUCCACUGAUAUCGAUGGCUCCACUACCUUUGUCAAUGAAUCUGCCGCGAUUUUGCUAUAUCUUGCUGACAAGUACGACAAGGAGCGCAAAUACAGUUAUGCCUUGGGCUCGAAGGAGUACUAUGAGGAAUUAGAGUGGUUAUUCUUUGAACUGUCUGGUUUUUGUCCGAAAAAGGUUCAGUGGAAGUACCUAAAUAAUCUUCAAGAAAAGAACCAGCCUGCUAUUGAUGAACAGUUCGACGAGAUGGUUAGAUUGCUCCGUGUAAUUGACACAAGAUUGAAAAGUAAUGGUACUGGUUAUCUAGUUGGUGAUCACAUCAGUCCCGCGGAUAUCACCGUGUAUCCAUGGAUUCGACCAGGGCAAACGGUAGGCUUCGAGGACAAUAUCAAAAAGCUUCCAUAUCUAAAGGCUUGGAUUGAGACAAUUGGCAAAAUUCCUGCAGUUCAAAAUGCUUUGGAUGUAAACAUGAGUCUUCAAUCCAGAACCGACUAA